GGCGUUUUCUAAAAUAGAAAGUUUCAUCUUUAAAACGAAUCUUCUCUUCGUUCACGGCCAUAACGCACACGAGAGCGAGGAAUUGUGUCAAAUGUGCUUGUGUCAGCUUGUAGAGUGCUGUCAAUCGAAAAAGGAUUUACUUAUCUACGAAUAUCGAAUUAACAUAGUAGGUGGUUCGCCAUUAAAUAUCUAAUCAAUUUUCUCGCUAAGGAAAUGGCGGAUACUACCGUGGAUGCAACGAGGCGUUUAAACGUUAAGAAACAGACAUUGGACGACGCUUACGCUGCGCCCGCAAAUUUUCUCGAAAUUGAUGUGAUUAAUCCAAUCACACACGGCGUCGGUAAAAAACGAUAUACCGAUUACGAAGUUCGCAUGAGAACAAACCUACCAGUCUUUAAAGUCAAAGACUCCACAGUCAGAAGAAGAUACAGUGAUUUUGAAUGGCUUAGAAACGAAUUGGAAAGGGACAGCAAGAUUGUUGUACCGCCUUUACCUGGAAAGGCAUGGAAACGUCAAAUGCCAUUUCGAGGAGAUGAUGGAAUUUUUGAGGAAGAUUUCAUAGAGGAUCGAAGGAAAGGUUUAGAGAUAUUUGUUAAUAAAAUAGCUGGACAUCCCUUGGCACAAAACGAGCGAUGUUUACAUUUGUUUCUUCAAGAACCUGUAAUAGACAAGAACUACGUACCUGGGAAAAUACGUAAUACAUAAGUAAUAAUAUUAAGACAACUCGCAAGUAUGUUUCACCCAGUCUUUGAUAUUUAAGCCAUAUUUCAUUAUUUUAAUAAUGCUUCAUUGAGAGAUUCAAAGAGAUCCUUCUCUGUAUAUAUAUAUAUAUAUAUAUAUAUAUAUAUAUAUAUACAUAUAUAUAUAUACAUAUACACAUACAUACACACAGAUAUAUAUAUAUAUAUAUAUAUAUAUAUAUAUAUGUAUAUGUAUAUAUUUGAUAAUAUAUAAUUGAGUUUUUUCAGUGCUGUGAUGUUCAAUAAAGUUUCUCAGUUUUCAAAUAAUUACAUUUAAAUCGGUUUUAUAAAAUUCGCGAAGGAUCUUUUAUCAAAAGUAAAUAUUAGUUAUCUUUAUAAGAGGACUAUACACGAUCUCAAAAAGGAGAACAAAAAAGAAAUAAAGGAAAAAAUAAUAAUAAUUUACACAUCAGGCAAGAAAAGAAUUACGAAGAUGAAUCACUAUAUUAAAAAAAUGACAGAAUUUGUGCAUAUAUAUAUAUAUAGAGAGAAAAAAAGAGAGAGAGGGAGAGAGAGAGAGAGAGAGAGAGAGAGAGCACCAGAGCAUUGUUACAUUUUUUGCAUAAUUUUUGGUGCACAAAUAUCUGUUCAUUAAAAUAUGGCUUGUGGAAGUAAAAAAAAGUUAAAAAAAAAAAAAAAAAAAAAAGAAAAAAAUAAAUAAAAUAAAUAAAAUAAAAUAAAAAAAAAAAAAAAAAAAGAAAAAGGUAUUUAUGUACAAGUUGCUCGGUAGAAAGGUGCAAACGCAUAGAAAUAAUUAACGUUAAUUGAUUUAAAUUUGCACUUUCGUACUUUCAUUGGAAAUUUGCAACUUCAAAACAUAUUAUCACUUUUAAGCAAUGAAAUUAUUGUAAUAUAUCUUGUUGUUUAUAAUCUUUCUACUCUUGAGUUUUAAUAUUGUUUCUACCAAUUAUAUUUUGAUGGACAACUUGUACGAAUCUAUAUAUUUUUUUUUUUUUUUUUUCCCCCCCCCAAAUAAUUUAUGUACAAAUUAUGUGUAUAUUCUAAAAUACGAAUUUUCCUUUUAAUUAGUAAUUAAAUAAUGAUUUAGUCAAAAUAAUUCAAUUUUUAAAAUAAUAAUGAAAGAUAAUAUAAUAUAAAUAUCUAUUUGCUAAAAAUAUUCUCGAAAACAUUUGUACGUCUCCAAUAUUCUGAAUCUCUUUGUUGUGUUUAAAAUUCUCAUUUUCAACAAAAAUGGAAUAAAGUAACUAUUGUUAUUAUUAUUAA